GUCCGCGGGAGGAAGGGGGGGUUAGGGCCGUGUCGGUGUGUGACCAUAUUCACAGGAAUGACAUUGUUCAUGAAAAUUUUGGCCGAAAACUGCGUUUUGCUAAAUGACGCUAUCGACGGUGGGUGGGUGUGCGCAAGGUUAUUCGGUCAGUAGACCACGCCUGUGCGAAGAGGAUCCGAAGAGAAGCAGUCAACAAAGUUGCUGCAUGGUCCACCCUGAGCUUCGGCCUCGAGGAAGGCAUGAGGCAGCGUUGGCAUUCCCAUAUAUUAUUCCCGUUCCGAGCCUUGCGUAUCCCAGCAGUUUCUCACUGGGCGCACACGUUCCUGCAUGCCCUUCGCAUCGACGAUACGGCGAUUGCUACGACGACGCCUUACGAUUUGACUAUGUCUCCUACAUACAGCGAACGAUUCAACGCUGCGGAUGCAGAUUUGACGAUCUCCUCAUCUGACGGUGUACUUUUCAAGGUGCACCGGAAGAGUCUCGAGACCUAUUCUGACAUCUUCCCCGGGACUGAUGUCCCUGUGGACAACGAAAUUGUGCCAUUGUCGGAGAAGGCUUCGACGCUAGACCUACUAUUUCAAUACAUGUAUCGCCAGCGACAGCCCGACCUGAGCAAGAUUGACGCGGAUGAGCUUGCGAUGCUGGCGGAGGCUGCGGAGAAAUACUUUGUCUACUCAGCGAUGGAGGUAUGCAAAGUGUACAUGCAGUCUGCAAUCCCGAAGAUGCCGCUGAAGGUUAUGGGCUAUGCAGCGAGGCACGAGUACGAGAGCCUGUGCGAGGAAGCGGCUCCGCACACUGUCCAGGCUAAGGCUGCCGACGCUUUGGAGUAUCUAGACGCACGGUGCUUUGCUAGUUGGGUGGGCGGCUUCGGCAGCCAUGAUACCUCUACCGCAACUCAUAGGACAUCAUCACAGGUUCUCUACCGCGAACAUUGGCUACAAGUCCUGUACGACAUCCACCACCCGCCUUUUGCCCCGCUACUGCACAAGGGAGGUCUACCGGAGUGCCCCCUUUGGCUCCCGUUCCAAGGGGGUGUCCUGCAGGACCUUGGAAGCUCACUUGCCUGUCUCCAACAGUCUGCAUCAGCGACCGUGGACCGGCACCGGCAUCUGCUGGGCGAAUGCGUGCAGUGCAAGAAACGUGCAGACCACUGGGUGUAUGCGAUUGCGGGGAAGGUAGCGAGCAUACCGAAGUUCGACCCUACGCUUCGAGUCUUCACGUAGUAGAUAGUAUCUAAUGGACAAUAACGGCUAUUUUGAGCCCUUGGCCUUUCGCUGCACUGACAUCGCAG